AUCCACUUCACACACACCCAUCAUGUCGAGCACCAUUAUUUUGUACGACAUUCCCUCGAGCACGCCCACCAAAGCAUGGACUCCGAACCCAUGGAAAGCGAGACUCACACUUAACAUGAAGGCCCUCCCAUACAAGACCGUAUGGGUCGAGUACCCCGACAUCGCGGGCCUCUGCAAGCAGAUCGGCGCGGAGCCCACGCAGAUCAAGAACGGCGAGCCGCUGUACACGCUGCCGGUCCUACAGGACCUCGCGACCGGCACCGUCGUCUCUGACUCGUUCAAGAUCGCGCAGUACCUGGACGCCACGUACCCGAACACGCCGUUCACCCUCGUCCCCGCGGGCACGAAGGCCUUCCACGCGAUGUUCCUCGGCGUUUGGGCCCAGAAAAUUAGCGCCUAUGUCUUCCCCCUCCUCGCGUUUCCUAGCGCGCUGAAGCUCAACCCUCGCAGCGCGGAGUAUUUCCGACGCACGCGCGAGGCCAUGUUUGGGAAGACGCUCGAGGAGUUCACGCCGCAGGGCGAGGCGAGAGCCGCCUCAUGGAGCAAGGCACGGCAGGGGCUUACGGAGAUCGAUGGCUGGUUGAAGGAGAACGGUCAGGGCACCGUGUUCGUCAUGGGCGAUACGCCAUCCUUCGCGGACGCCGCUAUCUAUUCCAGUAUCAUAUGGCUCGAGGACAUGUUGGGGACUGAUUCUAAAGAGUGGACGGAGCUGAUGGCCGCGGAUGAAGGCAGAUGGGCAAAGCUGGUGGAGGCUUUCCGCAAGUGGAAAGUCGUCGACGAGGAAGGGUUGAAGUCUGCAUGA